CGCCUGCUCGCUCGGAGUGUUUUCCGGACCGAUCAGACAUACACCCUCGCCCGUUGCAGCGCUGCUGUUCUCAAGACAUGGCCGGCCAGCCACCACCACCACCACUCUUGCUACGCAAUUGCCGCGUGCUGGACACAGUUGCGGGCAUCUGCGAUUACAACUUGCGUUUCGAUGUCCUGGCCGCUGCGGGGCGUGUGCAGGCCAUCUCGCCGCACCGCGGCGGCGCGGCGGCAGAGGCCGCCGCCGCCCGCCUCGUGCUCGACUGCCAGGGCAUGGUGCUGAUGCCUGGGCUGUGCGAUGCCCACGUGCACUGCACGGCCUGCACGGCCAACCUGCCGGGCCUGCUGGCAUUGCCGGAGAGCCUGGUGACUGCUCGGGCCGCGCUCAUCCUGCACGGCAUGCUCCAGCGAGGCUUCACCACCGUGCGGGAUGCGGGAGGCGCCGACUGGGGCCUGGCGCAGGCAGUGGAGGAGGGCUGCAUCCUGGGGCCCCGCCUGCUGUUCACGGGGCACGCUCUGAGCCAGACGGGGGGCCACGGCGACAUGCGCGGCAAGGGGGAGGACUUUUGCGGGUGCGGGGCGGCGCUGCGGGGCAUCGGGCGCGUGUGUGACGGCGUGCCAGAGGUGCGGCGGGCAGCCAGGGACGAGCUUCGCAAGGGGGCGCACUGCAUUAAAGUGAUGGCCUCCGGCGGCGUGUCAUCCCCCACAGACAGGCUCACCAACACGCAGUUUGCCCUGGAGGAGCUGGAGGCGAUAGUAGAGGAGGCGGCUGCCUGCGGGACGUACGUGUGCGCGCAUGCGUACACCGUGCCCGCCAUUGAGCGCGCGGUGCAGUGCGGGGUGCGCAGCAUAGAGCACGGCAACUGCCUGGAUGAGGCGACGGCAGAGCUCAUGGCGCAGCGGGGCACGUUCCUGGUGCCCACGCUGGUCACCUACCAGCAGCUGAUUGAGCGGGGGGAGGAGGCGGGCAUGGCUCCAGAGCUGGUGGCCAAAGUGGGCAGCCUGGUGGAGCAGGGGCUGAGCGCGCUGGCGGUGGCGCGGCAGAAAGGCGUCACGAUGUGCUACGGCUCAGACCUGCUGGGCGAGCUGCACGGCGAGCAGCUGGGCGAGUUUGCCAUCCGCAGCGCCGUGCUGCCGCCCAAGGACCUGGUGCAGGCAGCCACCAUCAACUGCGCCCGCCUCUUCUGCAUGGACCACGAGCUCGGCCAGGUGGCGGCAGGCCACCUGGCAGACCUUCUGCUGGUGGAUGGCAACCCCCUUGAGGACAUUGGGGUGCUGACCCAGCCGCAGCAGCACCUCAAGCUGAUCAUCAAGGGCGGCCAGGUGGUGCGCAACGCGCUGACGCCGGGGGACGGCGCCUGACGCGCGCGGCCGGCGGUCAAACGCUACUGGCAUUGCGUGCACCGCUGCGGCUGGCUGACCUGCAAGCUCGUGAUCGGGCCUGCAGCUUUCUGGGAGUGGCAUCUUCCCCUCGCUGGCUCGCCUCGCAGCAGAGGUGUAGUGUUACAAGCAGCGCCGGCUGGCAGUAGUACACGGUGAGGCGGCGCGGCCUCUGCAAAGGGUCUGCCUGGGAGCUCAGCCUGUGGACGGGAAGCGGGUGCGACACACAGCCCGAUCCUGGUCGGGCUGCUGUUACUGCGAUGAUGCACCCCACACCAAAUUCUUGGCAACCAGAACGGAC